GCCGCGGCGGCCAUCUUGGUACACCCACUGGAGCAGAAACGUGAGCUUCCAGUCACAGCAGAGCCGGUGCCGCUCGGCUAACGAACCGAUGUCAUAAAAAGUUCAGUGAAACGCGUCUCCGUCUGAUUCCCCCCAAAAUGGCCGUGACGCUUCACACCGACUUGGGAGACGUCAAAAUUGAGAUAUUCUGCGAGAGAGCGCCGAGGGCGAGCGAGAAUUUCCUCGCUCUUUGCGCCAGUAACUAUUACACCGGCUGCGUCUUCCACAGGAACAUUAAAGGCUUUAUGGUGCAAACCGGGGAUCCUUCAGGAACGGGAAAAGGAGGGCAGAGCAUCUGGGGCCGGAAGUUUGAAGAUGAGUUCAGCGAAUUCCUGAAGCACAACGUGCGCGGAGUCGUGUCGAUGGCAAACAAUGGCCCCAACACCAACGCCUCGCAGUUCUUCAUCACCUACGGGAAGCAGCCUCACCUGGACAUGAAAUACACGGUGUUUGGAAAAGUAAUUGAUGGCCUGGACACCCUGGAUGAGCUGGAGAAGCUUCCGGUGCACGAGAAAUCCUUCCGGCCCCUCACCGAGGUGCGAAUAAAGGACGUCACCAUUCACGCCAACCCCUUCGCUGCGUGAUCCGAAAGCCCGUGGCGGAAUGCGCAGCCGUGGGGACCCCGCUCCAGUCCCUGCGGGAUCUGGGGGGCUCUGAGCAGACUCAGGAAUCGGGUGGGUUUCACCUUCUGCCCCUGCGGUGGGACCUCCUGGUCCGCAGCUCAGCCUCAGAACUUCUCCUCCCCCGAGGAGCCGAGAUUGUGAUUUGUUUUGCUUCUGGGGUAUUUUCCGUGACGGUGGAGGACGCCGGCGGGCGGGGG